AUGGCGGAGGAAAGCGUUAUCCGUGAAAUCAUCCAAGCUACCUUUCCAGAACCAAAAAUUAGGAAUAAUGGUGUUAAAUUGAAUGGAAAUAACGGUGAUGCUACAACUAAUGAUGUUAAACUGAUUGGAAAUAACGAUAAUGCUAUAACUCAAAAUGGGAUUGCUAAUUAUCCUGUAGUUGGAAUUGAAAUUGAGCAGAGCAUCAAUCUUGAUCUAUAUUCUUCUAAUCUCGAUAGAAAAGAUGGCAAUUUAACUGUAAGUGGUAAUAAUAUAACAUGGGGUAAAUAUCAUGGAUAUAAAUCAUCGAAUAACCAUUUACGUCGACUUUCGGCCCAUUUAAAUACGGAAAAUUUUCGUGAAAAGAACGUUCCCAGUAUCCAAGAGCUAUGUAAAUCAGUUAAUAAAAUCUAUUUUCGACCUAGUAAUAACUCUACUGUUCACACCCGAAUUCGUGACGAAAGUCUAGACAGCAGAAAUACUAAUUGUAAACACACCAAGGUUAAAAAUAAUAAAGAUUACGAAACUAAAAUGGGUAGACUACAUAAAAAUAUCAACGGAUUGGCGCAAGAACGUUACUCUAUCCACAUGCUAGAUGAUAAAUCUGAAAGUCAGAAAAAGAAGCACGAUAAAUCCAUUAUUAAUCGAAUGAUCGGUGAAGACAGUUAUUUUUCGAAAAUAAGGCAAACAUCAUGUAGCCGAAAGUAUCGGCGCGAUACGACUUGGGAACAAUCCAAAGCUAAAAAGAUAAUAUUCAAUAGCCAGUUAUUAGCACAGGCCUUCGACUGUGAUAACCUUUUUCACAUGCUACAAGAAAUAGAGCAUAAUAAUCACCUACUUGAUCGUAGUAUGGUUAGGAUACAAGGUAAAUCAAAAUGUCUAAAUAACUUUGUCGCCGAUGGCAUCGAAUUCGAUGACGAGGAAGAGAUGAGAACGUAUUUAAAUAAAAUGCCGCGAAUGGCGGAAAUGUUAAGGAAGGAACUAGAAUUUAUUAAGAAGCAACAUACGAAAAUAAGGAAGGAUUCAGCUUCCGCCGCAACUUAG